CAUGCCCUUAGGGGCUGCCGAUCAUCAAAAUAACUUAUCCGUUUGCAGUUUAUAAAAUCCAAUUUGAAUCUAAUAUCUGUAUGUACCAAUCGGCAGCGAGGCGUUUGCUACCGGCGUUACGCCGGCGAACUGGUCACCCUCCGAACCAGGCAUCGACGGUUCCUUUCUCAGCCCCAGUGAUAAACAGGGCGGCGUUCUCCACGGCUGCUACCUCCGAAAAUACUCAGCAUCCCAACCCUAAUAAUUUCGAUUUUUCCUACCAAUCAUCAUCGAAUGAAGGUGGAAAUCCCAGACUGGAAGACCGCCCUAAAGCUCAGUGGCAGGAAGAGCAGGCGCGCGUCCUUCACGCCUCUCUCCGCCACGUGAAUACAUCAGGAUGGAGUGAUGCAGCCAUGAUUGCUGGAGCAAGGGAUGUUAUGGUCUCUCCUUCUAUCGUGGGGUCUUUUCCUCGGAAAGAGGCUGCUCUGGUAGAGUAUUUCAUGGAUGAUUGUCUGAAAAGGUUAAUUGACAUAGUUGAUUCGCGAGAGGACUUGAAAAACUUACUCCCCAGCAACCGUGUGGCCAAGCUUGUUCGAAUCCGAUUAGAAAUGCAGGCUCCCUACAUAUCAAAGUGGGCUCACGCACUCAGCAUACAGGCACAACCUCCAAAUAUUGCCACAAGCUUCAAGCAGAGAGCUAUGCUUGUUGAUGAGAUUUGGGAUGCUGCUGGUGAUGAGUCCACUGAUAUGGAUUGGUAUGUGAAGCGCACAGUCCUUGGUGGAAUAUACUCUACUGCUGAGUUGUACAUGCUGUCCGAUAAUACCCCAGACUUUCGGGAUACAUGGGCAUUCUUGGAUGGACGGGUUAAAGAAGCAUUUGAUUUGAAAAAGACAGUUCAAGAGGCAAAGUAUUUGGUUGAAGCUGUGGGAGCUGGUACGGGAGGUUCUGUGGAAGGAUUUUUCAAGAGUUUUCUCAAGCGAUGAAUAUUUUGUAAUGAUUACGUCCUGGAAAUUUUAUUGCUUUGCUCUACUUGUCCUGGAAAUGUACUGUGUACCAAUAUGAAUAUGUCGAGCUGCUGCAAAGAAUUUUCUCACAGAUCUGGAAGUAAACAAAACCUAUUAAGUAUUUUGCUCGAGAUCAUAGAAUUAAGUAAACAAAACCUAUUAAGGGGGCGAUUGGAUAUUGUUUCAACAAUAAAAAAAAUCAAUCAAAACUCAAAUUUAACUC